AUGUUUGGUAAUGAAGUAAAUGCAUUUUAUGUCAUUGACAGUCUUGAGGAUGAAGAGUCUGAAAAUGAAAUGACUGAUGAUAAAAUAAAUGAUUCUUUAAAAUCAAUCUUGGAAUUGAAUUUGCUUCACCGGUUCAUUGUUAUUUCUGUUGCCCUUUUUGUGACUUUGUACAUUAUAGAUAAAGGAGCUGUAAUUCUGAUUGCAAUAUUCAACAAAAUUCUUCGAUUUUUAUUUGAUCCAUUCUGCCUUCCUGUAAGUGUUUCUGGGCUCAAAAGAUUAGCAAAAUUUAAUGCUUUGACAAAUGGGAUCAAAAAGUAUAUUAACUGCAGUAAAUGCCAUAUCAUUUAUGAAAAUAACAAUACUUCUCCUAUUUGUUGUACAUUGCCUGUGUUUGGAAAACACUCUCUGUGUGGCAACAGCUUAUUCAAGACUGGGUUUGGGUCAAUAGUACCAAAAAAGACAUUUGUAUUUCACUCAGUCAAAAAAGCAUUGAAGACAUUCUUCCAGUGCCCUAAUUUCGAAAACAAUAUCAAUUCGUGGAACUGCGGCCCAAAAAUAGAGAAUACUCUGUUUGAUGUGUAUGAUGAGACAAUGUGGAAUGAGCUUGUAGAUGUAGAUGGAAUUCUUUUUCUUGAUACUGCGCGGUCCCUUAUGCUCACAUUAAAUAUUGACUAG